CACAUGCUUUCUUCCUGUGUCGGGAGUGACUCAGGUAUAGGAGCUGAUAAAAUCACCUGAGAAGAGAAAGUGAAGCACAUUGGAAAGCCAGCUGCAAGCUCCCUGCUCUGCUCUGGUGUAUUGUGUAUUCAUGCCUGGAUCCCCAGAAAUGACUUUGCACUGGCUGCUAACCCUGAGCUGCUUCUGUGUCUCUCUCUUCCUGCCUGCAGCUAUCAGUACCAACAGAAGAGAAGUCUGUGACUGCAAUGGGAAGUCCAGUCAGUGCAUCUUUGACAGGGACCUGCUCCGAGAAACAGGAAAUGGGUACCGUUGCCUCAACUGCAUUGACAACACCGAUGGCAUUCACUGCGAGAGGUGCAAGGAGGAGUUCUAUCGCCAGCGGGAUGGAGAAAGCUGUCUGCCCUGUAACUGCAGUCCCAGAGGCUCUCUUGGCCUGCAGUGUGAUAACUACGGCCGGUGCAGCUGCAAACCCGGUGUGAUGGGUGAUAAGUGUGACCGGUGCCAGUGGGGGUUCCAUUCCUUCUCAGAGGCUGGGUGCCAGGCAGGCGAACAAGUGUCGAGUGCUCAGUGUGACUGCGAUCCAGCCGGUAGCGCGGGGCAUUGUGUUUCAGGUCGCUGCGUCUGCAAGGCAAGUGUCUCGGGAGAGCGAUGUGACAGGUGCAAGCAGGGCUACUAUCAUCUGGAAGCAGGAAACCCCGAGGGAUGUUCCCAGUGCUUCUGCUAUGGCCACUCGGCCAUGUGCGCUAGUGCAGAAAAUUACAACAUCUAUAAAAUUACUUCCACCUUCCAGCAAGAUUCUGAGGGCUGGAGAGGAGUGUAUGUGAAUGGGUCCCCUGUACAGCUCCAGUGGUCUCCCCGCCAUCGGGAUGUGUUUGUCACAGCCAGGCAAUCAGAGCCCACCUAUUUCCUGGCGCCGGCCCGAUUUCUUGGGAACCAGCAGGUGAGCUAUGGCCAGACUCUGUCCUUUGAUUAUCGCAUGGACCGAGGGGGUCGUCGUCCUUCUCCCCAGGAUGUGGUCCUGGAAGGAGCUGGCCUACGAGUCACUGCCUCCCUCGUGCCUCAUGGGAAGAUGCUGCCCUGUGGGAUCAGCAAAACAUAUACGUUCAGACUGGACGAGCACCCGCGCAGUGGAUGGAGCCCCAAGCUGAGUUACUUUGAGUAUCGCAGGUUACUCGGCAACCUGACGGCCCUUUGGAUCCGAGCCACGUAUGGAGAAUACAGCACUGGGUACAUCGAUAAUGUCACCCUGGUUUCUGCACAGCUGACCUCUGGAGCCCCAGCAUCCUGGGUGGAACAAUGUGUGUGUCCUGCUGGCUAUCAGGGGCAGUUCUGUGAACGUUGUGCUCCUGGGUACAAGAGAGAUGCUUCCAACCUUGGGCCUUUCAGCACUUGUGUGCUAUGUAACUGCCAGGGGGGAGGAAACUGCGAUCCAGACACUGGAGACUGCUAUUCAGGAGAUGAAAACAUGGACCCCAACGCCAACUGUCCAUUUGGUUUCUACAGGGACCCCUGGAAUCUGCAGAGCUGCCAGCUGUGCCCUUGUAGAAAUGGCCAGGGCUGCUCAGUGGCGCCAGGGAGAAAGGAAGUCAUUUGCAAUAACUGCCCUCUGGGAGUCACUGGCGCUAACUGUGAACGCUGUGCUGAUGGCUAUUUUGGAAACCCCUUGGGUGACAAUGGCCAUGUGAGACCCUGCCAGCCCUGCCAGUGUAACAAUAAUGUUGAUCCCAGUGCUGUGGGGAACUGUAACCGGCUGACGGGUGAAUGCCUGAAAUGCCUUUAUAACACGGCUGGCUUCGCCUGUGACCAGUGCAGGGACGGGUUCUUUGGGAACCCCUUAGCCCUCAACCCAGCAGAAAAGUGUCAAGCCUGUAACUGCAAUUCGGUAGGUUCUGACCCCCUGAAGUGCAGAAGUGAUGGGAGCUGUGUUUGCAAGCCAGGAUUUGAGGGACCCAACUGUGAGCACACACAGUGCCCAGCCUGCUACAGCCAUGUGAAAACACAGGUGGAUCAGUACUUGCAGCAGCUGCAGCAUCUGGAGGUUCUUGUGUCUCGGCUGCAGCUUGGCAGUGGGGCAGGGGCCAAUGAGGAGCUGGAGGGGAAGAUGCAACAGGCUGAGGAGACUCUGCGUGAAAUCCUGAGAGAAACUCUGAGUUUACAAGCCUCUGACAAGUCCCUGGAGAGCCGGAUGUCCAAAAUGAAGGGACAAGAGUCCAGCUACCAGAGCCGCUUGGCCGACAUCAGGGUGAUGGUGCAGAGGCUGCAGGUGCUGGGGCAUCAGUACCAGGCCCAGGUGCAGGACAUUAGGAGGCUGAUUGAGAAAGCCCAUUUGGACCUGGGGCAAAGCAAAGUGACCCUGAGCGGGCUGAAUAUUCCAACUUCACACCUCCCUGGCGGGUCAAACAGUUUUUUGAUGCUGGCCCAAGAAGCUCUCAGACUAGCAAACAGCCACGUGCAAUCAGCAAAUGCCAUUGAACAGGCAGUCAGGGCGGCGGUGGAUGACUCAGGACAGGCCCUGGAGCUGGUGCGCUCAGCUGUGAGCGGAGGAGGCAUCCUGGCUAGCUCUGUGCAAGGGCUGCUGCGAAAAUAUGAUGAAGCCAAAUUGCUGGCCAGCGAGCUGGAGACUGACACCAGCAGAUCUGCCUUGGAUGCAGACAGGGCUUAUCAGGGCAGCCUGGUGCUCCUCAGCUCCAUGUCGCGCUUCUCAAAGAUUGACACUGGGUCCUUCCAGGAGGAGGCAAACCGGCUCAGGCAGGAGGCAGACGCUCUAAUGGGCUUGGUGGAGACGUACAUGGCAGAAUACAGGCGGCUGCAAAGCAACACUAGAACCUGGGAGGAAGAAAUCAAACAAUUGUUACAGAGUGGGGAAAGCAAGAGGCUGGUUUCGAGUCAGCUGUUGUCCCGCGCCAACCUUGCCAAGAGCAGAGCACAGCAGGCACUGAGUGCUGGCAAUGCCACUUUUUAUGAAGUUGAACUCAUCUUGAAAAAUCUCAGAGGGUUUCACCUGCAGGUAGAUGGUAGGAGAAGAGAAGCUGAGGAAGCCAUGAGAAGACUCCCUCUCAUCAGCAAUAUGGUCACGAAUGCCAAUGAUAAGACUAGACGAGCAGAAGGCGCCCUGGGCAGUGCUGCUACAGAUGCAAAGACAGCCAGAAGCAUGGCUGGGGAGGCAAAGGAGAUCACUGGUGGUAUCCAGCAGGAGAUAAGGCGGUUGAACUUGGAAGCCAACAGGACAGCAGAUGAGGUCUUGGCACUGGAGAAAGGAGUCAUAACUUUACUGAACGAAGCCAGAGAAGCCGAAAGGGAGCUCACGAGGAAGGCUCUGGAGGUCGAUAUAGAUGCCACCGCUGCACAGAAAACUGGUCAGGAGGCGCAGGGUGCCCAUGCCAGUGCCCGCACUGCUGAGGCUGCUGUCCAAGAGACACUGCAUGCCCUGGAAGACUUUCUACAGCUGAUGGACCAGCCUGGCCCUGUGGAUGAGCAGGCGCUGAGAUUGCUCGAACUCAACCUCAGCGGGGCCAGGACAAAGAACAGCCAGUUGAAAGAGCAGAUGGCCGAACUGGAGAAAACGGCCAGUCUGCAGAGGCUCCGGGUUCAGACUCUAGAGAGAAGCGUUAAUGAGAUCCUGGCAGACAUUAGGAACCUGGAGGAGAUCCGCAACAACCUCCCCCCAGGUUGCUACAACACAAAUUCCAUUGAAAAACCUUGAGACCUUUAGGAAGACUCUCUGGACUGGGUCUCUCAGGCUGUGGAUACUAGGCCAUGGCCUGAUGGGUCGUGGGGGAUGAGGAAGCCAAGCCUGCCAGGACCAGCUGCCUUUGACUCUGCUGAGCUGAACACAGACCCUUUGGGUACAGUUGGUCAGACUCGGUGUGGCAAUGUGCUGACGUUUGCCUCACGACAUUGCGUUUUGAUGCCAACAUCACCACAAGGUGCCCCUGAGCCGGGAAAACCUGAUACUCUGGUAUCGCUCCCUGGAGUGCAGGAGGAAGGAAUGAGAGACCCGGCUGCAUGAAGAAGCUGCUGGCCAAGAAGAGCCAUAGCUAGUAGGAGCCCAUCCCUAGAGUAUGGCCUGAGGAGGCAGUGGCACCCAGUUCAGCUUCUGGAGAGUCACCAAACAAAUGUCUUAUAGAAGCUGAACUCUGACUCCUGUGGAUCUUCCUGUCCCUACCCAAGGCCCUGACGCUUGGGCACAGCCAGCAGAACUUGCCACUCUCCUCCAAUGCCAGCGACUCUCUCAUUGCCUUUCACCACCCAACGCAGCAUUGGUUCCCCUCGGUGUAUUGCAAGACCCUUUUUCACCAGCAAUCCUUUCCGAACUCAGCAAUGACAGGGACGGUUGCAGGACCAGGGAGGUCAGGGUUCCCUACUGCGGUACUGUCCUCACUGUCUUUCCAGUCUCGACACUGACACUAGCACUGCCUGUACAUCUGUUUUGUGCUUUAGACUUGUGCAGGGGAAGGACCCAUUCAUUAAAGUGUAGGUCUUCCCCAGUGUAUCUUAGCAAGGUGACUAAACUCCUGUUUAGUCCAAGGGAAGGGAUUUAUUUUUGAUAGUUUAAAAAUGAUCACACUGAAGGGGGUGGGAGGAUGGUCAGUAACUCCUUAGACUGUUGAAGGGGCCCUCAGCUGGAAAGUCCUUCCUACCAGCACACCCAGCUCCUGGGGAAAAUUUCACACCCCUGUCUCCUCCCCCUUCUCAUCCUGGGCUUUUCAUUCAGGCGGGUUCUCAGGGAUUAACCGGAGGGGAUGUCUUCUUGAUCAAAACCUCAAGUUUGCAGUAUCUAGGCGCACUGAAAGCAGAGGUGCAAGCCCCAAGAGGGAUGACUUAGCCCUUCAUCCUUCUGAGGACAAUCGAGUACCAUGCAGUUUACUGUGUGUCUUUCAGAUGAGACUUUGAAAAGCAAAUUCUUGUCUUCUCUGCAUGGACAUCAAAGAUCCCCUGGCACUUUCUGUAAUAAUGGGGGUGUUGUCCUGUUGACCUUGGCCAAAAUUACUGGCACCCAAGAGCCCAGCUUACCCUUCACACUGUUAGCAUAUUGAUUGCCCUAUCAACCCCCCCCCAACACCGUAAAGGUAACCAGAUGUGUCUCCACUUCCAGUUUGGAAGAAGUUUGGUGCUGCCUCCCAACAGACAAUGUUCAAUGUUUUACAUAGAGCAGCCUUGCGUCAGAGGAAUUGUGACUGAUUCUUAAUCAAUCAUUCUCUAAAACUGGAGGAACUGGAGACAAAUCUCUACCACCGGUGGGUUUCCUAUGGGUCCGAUUCCAUUUUGUUCCUCUGUCUCAGUGGAGACAGUCCCCUGGCCCUUCUGACCACUGGAGAAUGGCUCUGCUGGAUACUUGUCUCUCUUGUGCCCCACAUAGUGUGGCAGGAUGAGCAAUCUCAACUGUGCCCCAGAGGAGGUGGUCACUUUCUGGGGUUAAACUUACCCCUCAGUUGCUCCUCUUCUCUGAUAAAGUGCCACCUCCUUGUUUGAAUAUUAUAUGUUAAAAUAAUCAUCUAUGGUAUAUUUCUAUUUAUAGUGAAACACACUAACCUCUGGCUUGUUCUGCGAUUUCUCCCACUGCACAGGACAGAUGUUAUGGAGCUGACUUUUUUUUGUUUUGUGUUUUUGCUUGA